AUGACUUACAACAUGGCAACUAAGGUAAGAUUUUUUGGUAUUACACUUUUGUGCAAAAUUACUUUUUUAAUUUUUUUUAUUUUUUAAGCAUUAGAAGCGGAGUAAGGGAGAUAAACUUAGGCGUAUUUAAGUAAAUAUUAAGUUUAUAAAAUUAGGCUUAGGGCUAGACUUUUUAGAUUUGGCUUGUGCUUGUUCUUAGCUUCUGGACGGCUUGGAAUAGAGUUUAAACUUAGCGUUUGGCUUAGGUUUCAGCUUAGGCUGAUUCUUAGGCUGACGCUUAGGCUUGAACUUAGGCUUAAGCUUAGUUUAAAUGAUUUAGGCUUACGGUUUAGGAUAAAGCUUAAACUUAAGUUUAAGCACAAGCUCAGCUUUACGCUUAACACUUGGCUUAAGCAUAAGUAUUAGCACAGACAUAGGCUUAAUUUAAAGUUUAUGCUCAAGAUUAGGCGAAUAGGCAUAAACGUAAGCUUAGUUUCAGAUUUAAGUUCAGGUUCAACCUUAAACUUAGGCUUAUACUUAAGCUCGGGUUUAGAUUUACGCUUAGCUUCAGGCUUUGACAGAGACUCAGACUUAGGCUCAGGCCAUGCUUAGGCUGAGAAUUGGUCAUAGGUUUAGGUUUGAACGUAAAAUUUUUCUUAGGCUUAAGUCUCUGUUUGGGCUUUAAAAAAUAUUUUCUUAUGAAAAAUGUAUUUUUUAAUAAAAUUUUUGAUUUUUAGCUAUAUCCGUACUAUCAAGACAAGUUAAUCUGGUCAGCUGUUCCUGGUAUCAUAGUCAUACUGAUCACUGUAUUUGUUGGACUUUUUGGUAAUUCCAACAUUAUUAUUGCCACAUAUCGAACAAAGUAAGCCCAAAAAAUUUAAAUUUUUUUAUUUUUUAACUUUUGUAAAGAAAGUUUUUUUCACAUGAAGUCUUUGUAAAGAAAGUUUUUACAUUUAAAACCUAUGGAAAAAAGUUUGUUUUUGCGUUCUUUUAACUUUGAAAUUUAAAAAAUUUACAUAAUUUUUUGAUCAAAUAUCAAAUAAAAAUGACAUUUUCAGGAAGCUCCACACAAAUUGUUGUAUCCUAAUAGCCAUAACGGCAUUUUUUGAUAUUAUCCAUCAGCUAGCUCAUGUCAUCUUUGCAUUUCGUUUCUUCACAGUGAAUUACUUCAUAAAUUUGGAAAAUUGUUACUACCUACAACUGCCAUUUGUGUUUGCUAUGAAUUUUGGCUCGUUUGCCUAUUUAUCAGUGGGUUUGGAUCGGCUAUGUUGUGUCAUAUUUCCUUUACGGUGAGUUUUUACUUUUUUCUAAAUUGAGGUUUUAGAAAAUGAAAAUUUCUAUAUGUUCAUAAUUAAAAUAGCAAAAACUUUGCUGUUUUUGUGCUUCAUCUAAAAAUGACAAAUUAAAAAUGGCAAAAAAUUAACGAAAUAUCAAAAAGAGCUUUUCCAAUACUUUUGUGACAUUUUGUUAGAAAACAAAAAUAAUGUAAAAAUGCUACAUUUUGACGUUUUUUGGCAAAGAAAGUAACUAGAACAAAAAUAUUUGAAUAAAAAUGUUUCCAAUAAUUUUUGUGACACUUCGUCCCACACCUAAAACAAUAUAAAAUAAUAAAUUUUGACGUUUUAUAGCAAAAUAAUUAACUAAAGAGACAUUUUUUGAUUAAAAAGUUUUCCAAUAGUUUUUGUGACACUCAGUGUUUUGCCCGGACCGGUCCGGAGCGUUUUUCACUUUUCAGAUUUUUUGAGAUUUUCAGAUUUUUUGGGUCCGGUCCGGUCCAAACUUCAAAUUUUUGGGUCCGGUUCGGACCGGUCCAAACCCAAAAUUUUUGGGUCCGGUCCGGCCGCAAAAAAAUUUUUUUAAUUUUUAAAAAAAGCAAGGUUCGCUAAAACUGCUUUCUUCUUGCUUAAAAACUCCUAAAAAUAUGUUUUAUUUGCAAUUUUUAAAACAGUUUUCUUAAAAUAAAAAAAAAUUUUUCUUCCGGACCGGACCGGACCGGACCCGUCCGCGGACCGGACCGGUCCGGCAAAACACUGGUGACACUUCGUCAAAUAUUAAAAAUUUUUCAAAAAAGCGUUAAAAAAGCAAAAAUACAAAUUUAAAAUUUUUGCUAUUAUAUGUAUCUUAUACCUCUUUAUUAUACAAUCAUUUUCAGAUACUACGACCAACUAAACCGUUCAUAUCAACUACCUUACCUUCUAUUAAUGAUAGCUCUUCCGACCGCUUACUCGAUCUCAUUGUUAGUGCUGGCUUAUCAACGGGUAAUGCAGUCCAGUACUGACAUGGUAGUAUGUUUUAUAACUGAUGUGUUCUACGAAGAGAUGCAACAUACCUGGAACGUGGUACAAUGGAUAACAUUCGCAGUUACCGUGACAUGUUACUGUGUGCUUUGGGCUUUUAUUAGGAUUAAAAAUGGUAAGUAAAAGGGCAGGGUAGGGUAAAAUGGUGGAGAGUAGGCUGGGGACGCAGGUUAGAGUUGAAGCUAGGGCUAGGGCUAGGGCUCUAGGCUAGGGCUCUAGGCUAGGGUAGGGCUAGGGCUAGGGUUCUGGGCUAGGGCUAGGGUUCUGGGCUAAGGCUCUGGGCUAGGGCUCUGAGCGAGGGCUCUGGGCUAGGGCUCAUGCUCAUGCUCAUGCUCAUGCUCAUGCUCAUGCUCAUGCUCAUGCUCAUGCUCAUGCUCAUGCUUAUGCUCAUGCUCAUGUUCAUGCUCAUGCUAAAUUGAUCUUCCAUCCCACCCUCACUCCACUUUUCAACCCUUACGUCUUUCGUUUAAGCUGUGUACGCCAGAAAGUUGACCAAAACCCUGACGUACAUCAUGGGCACGCUGGUUUUCGGCUGGUUCAUUACAACUUUUGUCGGUAUGACAGCUGCACAAACAAACGCAUCGGAACGGACCAUGUUUCUCAUACACACGGACUUUGGCUGGCCUGCCAACCUUGGCAUAGCCGCCAAUUACUUUAUUUACUAUGCCACUAAUAACGAGUAUCGACGGGCUUUUCGUCAACAAUUGAAGCAGACUGGACUAUGGGGUAGGAGUGGAGUGAAGAGGGGGCAACACUUACAGAAUGUGUAUAUUAUUUAUCCUAAAAAACAGUUUUGGAGCAAUAUUACUGGGUAGAAGAAUAAUAUAAUACAGAAAAAAUGCAAUAAAGAUUUAUUUAUUUUGAAGUUGGCAUAUUUAUAAAAAUUUAAUAAAAAAUUAUUUUAAGCUUAGGCUUAGAAUAGAGCAAGGGCUCAGAUUUAAGCAUAGGCUUAAGGUUAAGCUUAUGCUUAGGCUUAGAACUUACGCGUAGGCGUAGGCUUAUGCUUAUUAAGCCUAAGCUUACUAUGUCUAAACUGAAAAAUACUAAGCUUUCUAACCCUAAGCAUACUAAGCCUGCGCUUACUAAGCACUAAACCUACUAAACUUAAGCUAAACCAAUUUUUAUUAACAGCUAAGCGUUUUAUUAAACCUAUACUUAAGCGCACUAAAAUUAACUCAAAACUGCAAAACCUUUCGAAUUUUAAAGUUUUUUAGUUAUAAAUUUAGUCUUUUGGAUAUAGCUUUAGUCUAGCCUUAAUUAACCCAGCUACAGCCAUUUUUUUAUUCUCACGUACUAUACAUUCUUAUUUGAAAAAGCAUGAUCUAUGUUAAAUUUCGUUUGUUUCUCCUCCAUGUAUGCUUAUGUUUUGACAGUGGAACGAUACAACAAACAGGGCAUCACAUUUGUGUAAACAAGCGUGUAUAUAAAGUAUAGUGUUUGUUUAAAUAAUAUUUUUCAGUUCAUUAUAUUUUGUUAAAUUGAUAUAAAUUUGAUUUUAAACUUUUAAAGUUACUGUAUCCUACAAAGUCGUAUACGAAAAUUACUGUAUACUAAAUUUUCUAUAAAAAUUUUACAGUUUCUACGUAAAAGCUACUGUAUUUUAAAAAUUUCACUAACUAGGUAUUAUAAGAUUACAGUAGUCUUUCUACUUUUAAAUUACUGUAGACUACGAUAACCACUGGCUUUCAACAAAGUACUAAAAUUUACUGUAUAAGGCGUAAGAAGGUACUGUAAAAAUUACAAAAAAAGCUUAAAAAGAACUGUACUCGCUUCUAUGAACCGUCGAGAAACAAACGUUGUACUGUACAUGCUACAGUAAUCUUUCAACUUUAUAUUUCUGUUCCUUUUAUCUGCACUGCCAAAACACUUAUUACUGUAUUUAAAAACUACUUUUGUAUUGUUCUACCGUACUCAUUAGUAUAUACUUUUUUCUACAGUACUCCUAGAAUCUACCAGAUUGUCUACUACAACCUACAGUGUAACUACCAUAUAA